AUGGCAUCAAGGACAGCGCAGGCGCAAGGGAGGUUCCGCGCACGCGCAGUCUGGCCCGACGCCAUCGCGCCGGGCUCCCGGGGCCGCUUCGUCGAAGGAACGCAGGCUGGCGGCCGCGACGUACCGUUCCUGAGGAGCCGCUGUGAAUACCCUGAGUCAUCUGAUGUGGAAAUAUGGGGAGAAGGCGACAUGCGGGCAGGGCUGGGCCUGGAGGUGCCUGAGGUGCACUCCAAGGAGCACAUGAUGGAGCUGCUGGUGAUGGAGCAGUUCUUGGGCGUCCUGCUCAACAAGCUCCAGCCCAGGGUGGUGGCAGAGCAGCCCAAGAGCUGCAAGAAGGCAGCCUGCCUGGUGGAGGACCUCACCAAGGCCCUGGCGGAACCAGGUGGGCCGGCGAGAGCCAGCAAAGACCCAGAACCCAGUAAGACCCAGGCACCCCCGAGACCUGUGAGUGACCAGCCAGCUCUUGGGUACGUGUGGUGGGCCAGGGUCUGUGGUUGGGAAAGGCCAGGAGGGAGACAUUGUGCUAGUUCUUGA